CAGCACAAACCCACCUCUGUCUGUGCAGUAAAGCCCCAAAACAGACUGACCUAAUGGCAGCUCACUGAAAACACAAGUCUGUGGCGUUUCUAUAAGGAUGGCUGUGGAUUCAUUAUCUCCAGACUGGGAGUUUGACCGCUUUGAUGAUGGAUCACAAAAAAUCCACACAGAAGUGCAGGUUAAAAACUAUGAGCGGUUUUUAGAAGAAUACACCGCUCAGCUACAGGGUAUUGAAGAAGCAUUAGAUGACUCAAUUGGAGAUGUGUGGGACUUCACUCUGGACCCCAUCGCUUUAAAGCUCCUGCCUUAUGAACAGUCCUCAUUGUUGGAGCUCAUAAAGACGGACAAUAAGGUGCUUAAUAAAGUCAUCACAGUGUAUGCAGCGCUUUGUUGUGAGGUGAAAAAGCUGAAACAUGAGGCUGAAACCAAGUUCUACAAUGGCUUGUUGUAUUAUGGUGAAGGAGUUUCGGACACUAGUGUGGUGGAAGGAGAGUCUCAGAUUCAGAUGGGCCGCUUCGUUUCCUUCUUACAGGAGCUGUCUUGCUUUGUGUCACGAUGUUUUGAGGUGGUGGUCAACAUGGUUCAUCAGUUAGCUGCUUUGUACAACAGCAGCAAGGGUGCAACAAAAAUCAUUGAGUCCACAGGUGUACACUUUCAGACAGUGUAUGAACAUCUGGGAGAGCUUUUGGUGGUCCUCAUAACCCUGGAUGAGAUCAUGGAGAACCAUGCCACGCUUAAAGAACACUGGAAGAUGUACAAAAGGUUGCUGAAAUCUGUCCAUCAUAACCCAGCAAAGUUUGCCAUUCCAGAGGAGAAGCUAAAACCCUUUGAGAAGCUCAUAUUUAAGCUGGAGGGGCAGCUGUUGGACAGCAUGAUCUUUCAGGCUUGUGUGGAACAAAGGUUUGAUAACCCAGGCGAAAAUGUAUCCGUCUCUAAAAACAGUGCCUUUGCAGAAGAGUUUGCGUACAAUAUCAGAACCAUUUUUGCCAACGUUGAGUCGAAGCUUGGAGAGUCAUCAGAGACCGAUCAGCGGGAUAAAUAUACGGGUGUUUGUGGCCUAUUUGUGCUCCACUUCCAUAUCUUCAGAGCUGUGGACAAGAAGAUCUACAAGUCCCUGCUGGAUGUGUGUAAAAAGGUUCCUGCAGUGACAUUAGCAGCUAAUAUAAUCUGGUUUCCGGACACAUUUCUGAUUAAUAAAGUUCCAGCGGCAGCUAAACUGAUGGACAAGAAGAGUCUCCAGAGCAUUCGCAGCAGUAGAGAUGUGUUUCUGCAGCAAAAAGCUCAGACACUUAUGAAGGACAUGCAGUCCUACUACAUAUUUGUGACCUCCUGGAUGAUGAAGAUGGAAUCAAUAUUAUCAAAAGAACCAAAACCAGACAAACUGUCAGAGGACUUGAGCAACCGGUGUAAUAUCUUUGUGCAGGGAAUACUGUACGCUUACAGCAUCAGCACUGUCAUCAAGACCACUAUGAAUAUGUACAUGUCCAUGCAGCGGCCCAUGACCAAGACCUCGGUGAAGGCCCUGUGCCGAUUGGUCGAGCUGUUAAAAGCUGUAGAGCAUACGUUCCACCGCCGCUCACUGGUCGUAGCAGAUUCAGUGUCUCACAUCACACAACAGCUACAGUCUCAGGCUCUGAUCGCUAUCUCUACGGCUAAGAAACGAGUGAUCUCUGAUAAAAAGUACAGCGAGCAGAGGCUGGAUGUGCUGUCAGCUCUGGUUCUGGCCGAAAACACUCUGAAUGGGCCGAGCACCAAAGAGAGGAGAUUGAUCGUGUCUCUGGCUCUCAGUGUUGGCACUCAGAUGAAAACUUUCAAGGAUGAAGAACUCCUGCCUUUACAGCUUGUGCUGAAAAAACUAGACUUAAUCAGUGAACUAAGAGAACGAGUCAAAGUGCAAUGCGACUGUGGUUUUCUGUACUGGCAUCGUACUGUCUUCCCCAUCUACCUGGAUGACGUGUAUGAAAAUGCUGUGGAUGCUGCCAGAAUUCAUUACAUGUUCAGUGCUCUGAGAGACUGUGUGCCCACCAUGCUACAUGCCAAACACAUGGAGUCAUGUGACCAACUGCUGGAGUGUUAUGACACUGAGAUCAUGGAAAUCCUGAAUGAGCACCUGCUAGAUAAGCUGUGUAAAGAGAUCGAGAAGGACCUGCGCUUAUCUGUGCACACACACCUCAAACUGGAUGACCGAAACCCUUUCAAAGUGGGCAUGAAGGAUCUGGCUCACUUUUUCUCCCUCAAACCCAUUCGCUUCUUCAACCGUUUCAUCGACAUCAAAGCCUAUGUGACUCACUAUCUAGACAAGACAUUUUACAACUUGACGACCGUGGCUCUUCAUGAUUGGGCGACGUACAGUGAGAUGAGGAACCUAGCAACCCAACGCUACGGUUUGGUCAUGACCGAGGCUCAUCUUCCCAGCCAAACUCUGGAACAGGGGCUGGACGUCCUGGAGAUCAUGAGGAAUAUUCACGUCUUUGUGUCUCGCUACCUUUACAACCUAAACAACCAGAUCUUCAUUGAGAGGACCAGCAACAACAAACACUUAAACACCAUAAACAUCCGCCAUAUCGCCAACUCCAUUCGAACUCAUGGAACCGGUAUCAUGAACACAACGGUGAAUUUCACAUAUCAGUUCCUUCGCAAGAAGUUCUACAUUUUCAGUCAGUUCAUGUACGACGAGCACAUCAAAUCCAGACUCAUCAAAGACAUCCGAUUCUUUAGGGAAACCAAGGAUCAAACCGACCAAAAGUACCCGUUUGAGCGAGCAGAGAAGUUCAACCGUGGUAUCAGGAAGUUGGGUCUUACUCCAGAUGGUCAGAGCUACCUGGACCAGUUCAGACAGCUAAUCAGUCAGAUCGGCAAUGCGAUGGGUUAUGUGCGCAUGAUUCGCUCAGGAGGCCUGCACUGCUGCAGCAGCGCUAUUAGGUUUGUUCCUGAUCUAGAGGACAUUGUGAACUUUGAGGAGCUGGUGAAAGAGGAAGGCCUUUCUGAAGAGACCCAAAAAGCCGGCAGCCAACUGGACUGUGUGCUAAGCGACCUGACCAGCAACUCUGCCGAAGGAACUGAGUACUUCAAGAUGCUGGUGGGGGUUUUUGCACCAGAGUUUCGCAGCGUCAAGAACAUGCACUUGAGGAACUUCUACAUGAUUGUUCCUCCUCUGACCGUAAACUUCGUGGAACACUCCAUCAGCUGCAAAGAAAAGCUGAACAAGAAGAAUAAAGUGGGAGCUGCGUUUACAGACGAUGGUUUCGCCAUGGGAGUUGCUUACAUCUUGAAGCUUCUAGACCAGUAUCAGGAGUUUGACUCCCUCCACUGGUUCCAGGCUGUAAGGGAAAAGUAUGUGAAGGAAAUGAAUGCGGUGGUGAAGGAGCAGAACGUUCAAUCCACUAGCCAAGAUGAGAAGCUCAUGCAGACCAUGAACCUGACCCAGAAGAGACUUGACGUAUAUCUGCAGGAGUUUGAGUUGCUGUAUUUCUCACUGAGCAGUGCUCGGAUCUUCUUCAGAGCUGAUAAAACAGCAGCAGAGGAGACCCAGGAAAAGAAGGACAAAGAGGAAGGUGCCAAAACUGGUCCUGUUUCCUCGACAGCUGAGGGCUCUCCUGGGGAACCUAGUGCCAAGUAAAAGCACCAAGCAGAUUGAAUAGUAUAAAUCACUUUAAGGACAAGGACUUGUUCCAGAGGAGGUUACAGAUAUUGACCCUUCAGCCAUUAUGCUUAUGGAGUCUGUACAGCAUCAUUUUUGGCUAGACGCUGCCUACUCACAUUCAACUGGAACUGACUGUGGAAUCGACCAUUGCAUCGUUUUUAGACCUUGAUUGUUUUAUGUAUCUUCAGUGACCUUCAUCAGCAGUUAUGUUUUCCAUAAUGAUUUGUGGUCACGUAAAUUAGUAGAUGGUGUCUGUAUUGUUUUUUUUGUUGGUAACAUCUUGAAUAUUAGGCACAGAUAUUUUUAUAUGACAAAUCAAUCUUGUGGAUAGAUGUUUUAGAUAGAGAAAUGUCAAACUCAGCAAGAUGAUUUAAAAUUCACCGUAAUGUUUUGUUUUCAAACCCAUAUGAUGAUAAUUCAGUGAAAUUAUUAGAAACUAGAAAUUAUUUUUAACAAACUACGACAAAUUUCUUUUCCAUACAAUGAAAGUUAAUGGAGAUCAUUUCGGUUCCCUUCGACUUUCAUUUGUUCUUUAAAAAAAUAGAAUUAAAGAAAGUCAAACAGGUUUUGAACAAGUAAAUGAUGGCAGACUUUUAAUAUAUCUGGGUGAAUUAUACUUUCAAUGUUGAUUUUGUAAACAAACAUGCCACUUUUUUUGGAAAUGGGCUCAUUUUAGAAGACCCCUGCAGUUAAACUAUUGAGUUUUGCCAUUUUUAAAUCCAUUCAUCUGAUCUCUGAAUCUGAUGGGAGGUUUUUUUUAACUUAGCUUAGCAUAAAUGGUUGAAUCGGAUUAGACCAUUUGCAUCUUUUGUAUUUCUUGAAAGAGUAUAAUUUAAGUGAAAUUCUUAUGGUCUAAUCUGAUUCAAUGAUUUAUGCUAGGCUAAGAUAAAAGUGCUCUUGCUGGGACGUCUUCAAUUCCAGUUGAAACAGAAUAUUAAGUAGGGGUGGGGUUUUCUUUUUGAGUUAAGCCUCAUUCACACUGAGUGACUCGCAGCAGCAAAUUUCAACAGAGAGUCCAUGACUUCCAGCAACCUCCAUCUACGUGAACAACAGCGACUGUUGAUGACCAGGUGGGCAUGUCGAGUGACACGACAAAGUUGAGAAACCUUCAACUUUCUUGAGCGACAGCCAAUGAAGCACCAGUAGACCUCACGUGAUCCUCUGGUUGUAUUCUCCGUGCUGUUGACCUACACAGACCUGUUUGCAGCAUGUCGCCAUCGAGAGCAACAGGCAGCUACAAAGUCGCUGCUAGUGUGAAUGAGGCAUUACUCUUCUAAGAAAGUCAAAACACUUAAAAAAAAAAAAACUAUACAUAUAUAUAUUUUUAAGCGAUAUGCUAAUGGUCUAAUCUGAUUCAAUUAUUUAUGCUAAGCUAAGAUAAAAGUGCUCCUGUCAGACACAAAGAUCGGCUGAGUGGAUUCAAAAAUGCUAAAACUCAACUAACUCAAGUGGACUUGUAAAAUGAACCUACUUCCAAAAAAAAAAACCUGUUUAAAAUAGAAUUCUAUAGUUCUCUUUUCAUCCAGAAUACUAAUUUACUAAUUUCAGAGCUGAAUCUUAUUGUGAAUGAUCUAUAACAUAGAAUGUAGCACACAUUGUUCAGUCUAUUUGUGCUGCCUAAACAGAAAAACAUCAAUCAUCCUUGAGCACUGUGAUGGAAGUUGAAUUGCACUUGCCUUAAAGCUGCUGCUGUCUUUCAGUAUUCAGAGUGAUCGACUAGAGCACUACACAGCAGUUUCUUCAUUCCAUCCGAUUGAUUCCUCUUUGCCUAUUUUGUAAGCAGUCGUGUUGUAUAUUACCUCAUUAACCUCAUGGCAUCUAUAUUAAAAGACUUGGAAAAGAAGCAAA